AUGCAUGAAAAAAUAUCUCCACAAUCUUGGGAUGAUGAGGAUGACAAAUUGUUGAUCAAACUCAAAGAAGUCGACAACUUGGGUUGGAAACAGAUAGCUGGCCACUUUCGAAACAGAACGUCCAAUGCCUGUCAGUUUAGAUGGAGGAGAUUAAAGUCUGGUCAACUUAAAAAACCCACCAAACUCUCCAAAGUAAUGUCGGGGAAUAGCAACCAUACAAAUACAUCACAGUCGUACAAGGUCGGUAAGCCUUUGAAUUCUGCCUAUACUUGCACGUCUGCGUAUUCCGUCCCCACGUUUUUCACGAGGCCUUAUCAUCCCCCUCAGCUUGAACAGCUACCGCCUCCAACAAACAACUCUUGGGGAGUCGAAGAAGACAUAUUGCUCCGCUCUAGGGGGACAAAGGGGUUGUCCGUUGCUGAGCUCUCAAUACUUUUGAGAAAUAGAAGUAUACGGGACAUUGAAGAUCGAAUCCAUUAUUUGGAAAAUUCAAACAGGAGAGACACUGGUAUAUGGAGUUCGCCUAUGGAGCCUGAGUUUGCUAUUUCGCCUACAUCUUCUGUGUCAAGUAUAACGUCGGCAACCAUUACGCCCAAUAACCCACAUCUGGAAAAGAUUAAACUACCACGACUCCAACUAAAUAAUGAUAAACAAUCUCAACAGAGUAUAGUUUUGCCCCCAUUGCAUUCUCUCUUCCAAUUUGAAGUGGAUGAAUUAGACUCACAAAGAAAACUACCCUUGCUCUCCCACAUUCUUCCUUAG